UGUUUGCUUCUUUCCGUAACAGCUGGGAUGGAAUGCUGCUACUGCUGGGGGAGUGAUUUGAGCCAGUGCUCUUCUACAAGCGCCCUCUCUGCCUGGGGCUCUGCAGCUUUCAAAACCAUCUCCUGAACAAAGGGGUCGUUCUAGAGAUGCAUAUGAAAGAAUAUUAUUCAGCGUGGCACUGACUGAGGGCUCAGCAUCGGAGGUGAUGGCAUUAAGAUGCGUACAUGUUGAAAGGAAUACCGAUGCAUGUUUUGAAUGAGGAUUCCAACGGAUGCUGCUUGGCCACAGUGAUGAACUACUUUGACAGGCAGAUUUCCAACUCAUUAAGUUGCUGCUAAUGCUUUGUACCAUUGCAGUACUUUUGCCUUUGUGUGUUUUCGGGACGACAUAUUUUCUACUGUUAACCUGGAAUGGAAGUAAUUGCAGCCUAUUGUUUCUGUUAAUGAAGUGAACACACCAUUGUGUGCCAUUUGGGAUUUAGCUGGAUACGUUGUGUCUCCUGCAAUACCCUAACUACUUGUGGCCCGAGUCGUCACAUGUAUACAAAAAACUGCAGUCCAGAACUAACUGCCGGGUUCCAUAGUUGUCCAUCGUGUGGAUCUUCCUGGAUCUAUAUUCAUUGCAUAGGCUCUCUGCUAUGGAUUAUUCGAAAAAAUGCUACGAUUUUUAAACCAUUCUGGAUUCAGAUCCCUGGACAAAUACAGCUUUCAUUCAGCUUGAUUUAACAGCUGCCAAAAAAAGCUGACUAUUGCGCUUAGGAAUUGACCUAAAAUGAUGCUGAGUAGUUUUUCUGUGUGUCCUUGUUUGAUGGAAAAAGCGUUUUGACUCCUUAUUAGCACUCUGUCUGCUCACUAAUUCCAUAAGUGUAAAUGUUUUAUCCUUCAAAUGUUUUUAAUGAAGAAAUAGUUUACAAUUUAAGGCAUUUUAUUAUAUAUUUUCCUAAAUCUUUUUACAGUGUUUAGAUGCCUACUGGUAAAUGGGAUUUAUACUGAUGAAUAACGAGCCCUGUACAGUAAUAUGUUACAACUGAACCCAAAAUCAUACUACACAAAUUCCUAUCUGUAAAUGGAACAAUUUCUCAUUAGUGUACUGAUUCAGUGAAUGAAAUAGAGCCUCACUAAUAGAUCGAAUGAGCCGUGUAUGCAUUGUGGUUUUGGAGGAGGGGGAAGAUGAUGCUCCUUAUUUUACUUCCAAGUUACCUCAAAGAAAUACUUAUACUCCAUCUGGAAUUGUAACGCCACCCCUGGUUCAAGCAAUCUUUAACGGGGAUCCUGAUGAAGUCCGGGCAUUGAUAUUCAAGAAGGAAGAUGUUAACUUUCAGGAUAAUGAAAAAAGAACCCCACUUCAUGCUGCUGCAUAUCUCGGAGAUGCUGAAAUUAUCGAGCUUCUUAUUUUAUCUGGAGCUAGAGUAAAUGCCAAAGACAGCAAAUGGUUGACUCCUCUGCACAGAGCUGUAGCAUCCUGCAGUGAGGAUGCUGUUCAGGUGUUAUUAAAGCAUUCAGCUGAUGUCAAUGCCCGUGACAAAAACUGGCAGACUCCUUUGCACAUAGCAGCAGCAAACAAAGCUGUAAAGUGCGCAGAAGCACUGGUGCCUCUUCUUAGCAAUGUAAAUGUAUCUGACAGAGCAGGGAGAACGGCAUUACACCACGCAGCCUUCAGUGGUCAUGUUGAGAUGGUGAGUUUACUUCUGUCUCGCGGUGCCAACAUUAAUGCAUUUGACAAGAAAGACCGGCGGGCAAUACAUUGGGCAGCAUAUAUGGGUCAUAUUGAAGUUGUGAAAUUACUUGUGACUCAUGGAGCUGAAGUAAUGUGUAAAGACAAGAAGUCCUAUACACCACUGCAUGCAGCAGCAUCGAGUGGGAUGAUUAGUGUAGUGAAGUAUCUUUUAGACCUUGGAGUAGAUAUGAAUGAAUCCAAUGCAUAUGGUAACACACCCCUUCAUGUGGCUUGCUACAAUGGGCAAGAUGUCGUAGUGAAUGAACUUAUAGACUGUGGUGCUAAUGUGAAUCAAGUAAACGAGCGGGGAUUUUCUCCUUUGCACUUUGCUGCAGCAUCCACCCACGGUGCACUAUGUCUAGAACUUUUAGUUUGUAAUGGAGCUGAUGUGAAUAUUAAGAGUAAAGAUGGGAAGACACCGCUACAUAUGACCGCUAUACACGGGCGCUUCUCAAGAUCCCAAAUAAUCAUCCAGAAUGGAGCGGAAAUAGACUGUGAAGACAAAAAUGGAAACACCCCGUUGCACAUAGCCGCAAGAUAUGGCCACGAGCUUCUCAUUAACACUCUAAUUACCAGUCGAGCCGACACUUCAAAACGGGGCAUCCAUGGAAUGUUUCCUCUCCAUUUAGCUGCCUUGAGUGGCUUUUCAGAUUGCUGCAGAAAGCUCCUCUCUUCAGGUUUUGACAUCGAUACAGCUGAUGACUUUGGCAGGACCUGUCUUCAUGCAGCCGCAGCUGGAGGAAACCUGGAGUGCCUAAACUUGUUGCUUAACACAGGUGCAGACUUCAACAAAAAAGACAAGUUUGGACGGACUCCGCUUCACUAUGCUGCGGCCAACUGUAAUUAUCAGUGCCUCUUUGCACUUGUUGGCUCUGGAGCUAGCGUAAAUGACCUGGAUGAGAGGGGCUGUUCACCACUGCACUAUGCAGCAACUUCUGAUACAGAUGGCAAGUGCCUGGAAUAUUUACUCAGAAAUGAUGCAAACCCAGGAAUCAGGGACAAAAAUGGGUAUAAUACAGUACAUUAUGCAGCUGCUUAUGGACAUCGCUUAUGUCUUGAACUGAUCGCAAGAGAAACUCCUCUAGAUGUUCUCAUGGAGACUUCAGGUACUGACAUGCUGAAUGAUGCAGAUACCAGGGCACCCAUAAGCCCGUUGCACCUAGCUGCUUACCAUGGUCACCAUCAAGCUCUGGAAGUGCUAGUACAGUCUUUACUGGACCUCGAUGUAAGGAACAGCACUGGCCGGACUCCUCUGGAUCUUGCUGCAUUCAAAGGACACGUUGAAUGUGUAGAUGUUUUGAUUAACCAAGGAGCAUCAAUAUUGGUAAAGGACUACGUAGUCAAGAGAACACCCAUUCAUUCUGCAGAAAUCCAAAAGGUUGAUUCCAGAAAUUCUGUUAAUAAAAACAAUACUGAACUUUGCAAUUCUGCGCAACAAAAAGUAAGACCAAAGGACAUGUCCGGUGCUAUCAAUGGACAUUCAGAAUGCUUAAGGCUCCUCAUAGGAAAUGCUGAUGUGCAGGCAGCGGUGGAUAUUCAUGAUGGAAAUGGCCAGACACCUCUGAUGCUUUCUGUUCUAAAUGGCCAUACAGAAUGUGUCUAUUCUCUGCUAAAUAAAGGAGCCAAUGUAGAUGCCAAAGAUAAAUGGGGAAGGACAGCGCUGCAUAGAGGGGCAGUGACCGGACAUGAGGAGUGUGUAGAAGCACUGCUCCAGCACAAUGCCAAUUUCCUACUACGCGACUGCAGAGGUCGGACUCCUAUUCACUUAGCAGCAGCUUGUGGUCAUAUAGGAGUUCUGGGUGCUCUUUUGCAGACUGCCGUUUCUGUAGAUGUUGUACCAGCAAUAGCAGACAAUCAUGGAUACACACCACUUCAUUGGGCUUGCUAUAACGGUCAUGAUGCGUGUGUAGAGCUGUUGUUGGAGCAAGAAGUGUUUCAGAAAAUGGAAGGAAAUUCUUUCAGCCCCUUACAUUGCGCAGUGAUAAAUGAUAAUGAAGGUGCUGCCGAAAUGCUAAUUGAUACCUUAGGUACCAGCAUAGUAAACUCAGUGGACUCCAAAGGAAGGACACCUCUUCAUGCUGCAGCCUUUACAGACCAUAUUGAAUGUUUACAGCUUUUGCUCAGCCAUAAUGCUCAAGUGAAUGCUGUGGAUUCUACUGGUAAAACACCAUUAAUGAUGGCAGCUGAGAAUGGACAAACGAAUGCAGUUGAGGUAAUGGUUAGCAGUGCUAAAGCUGAUCUAACGUUGCAAGACAAGAAUAAAAAUACUGCAUUACACUUGGCAUGCAGUAAGGGUCAUGAAACUAGUGCCUUGUUAAUAUUAGAGCAAAUCACUGACCGAAACCUCAUCAAUGCAACAAAUUCAGCUUUGCAAACACCUCUCCAUGUAGCUGCUCGAAAUGGACUGACGGUUGUUGUUCAGGAGCUUCUGGGAAAAGGAGCAAGUGUCUUGGCAGUGGAUGAAAAUGGCUACACACCAGCAUUGGCUUGUGCUCCCAAUAAGGAUGUUGCCGAUUGCCUCGCUCUCAUAUUGGCUACAAUGAUGCCCGUAUCCUCUAGCAGCUCCUUGCCCUCUAUGACUUUAAAUGCCAUUAACCACUACAACAACACCUCAAAAACUGUCACUUUUGACUCUCUACCUGUAAUGAGAAGCGAGCACAGCUCCUACUGCAGUUUUAACAACAUCGGCAGGGAAGAUGGCUACCCAUACACAGAAGAGGAUGAACUCAAUGAUUCUGACUCGGAGACCUAUUAAUAUUCUUGAAUUGCUCCGCUUUUAAAUUGUUCAAUUUGUGCAGAUUGGAAGUGUUAAUAGAAUGACCCACACUAGCAGAUUGGCCUGGAACGCCGGGCACAAUCGGCAACUUCACAGCAACAAGUGAUUUUCUUUCUUUUUAAAGUGUACACUGAUGUAUCGAAUGAGAAGAGUUUUACUUCUGACCACAUUUGUCGGAUGAAAAUGUCAAAUUAGCUGUCGUUUCCAACCCUCACUUAAAUGUUUUCUACAGAUUUCAGCCCAGCGGCAAGAAGAAAGGCUGGAGGGGGGGAGGGAUCACUGAGAACAUCUUAACCUGUCGUUACACUUUUAUUUCAUUUUUUAUUGUCUGUGUCAAGAGUACGUUUUAUAUCACAGGGCACAGAGGUCCGCUUCAGCAGACGACUCCCACCACUGUACAGGAGACAAUAUAUAUAGUGACAGAUGUAUAAAUAAAACAACCAUAUUGAUGGCAAUAAAUGAAUUUGGUAAACUGGCAUUGUGUGUACAUCAGUUUGCCAAAGGACCAAAAAAAAAAGUCUGUGUUUUUCUUUUUUUUUUUAUGUUUUACAAAGUUUUUGAUGUGAAAUAACCAGAAUUUGUUAAAAUCUAAAAAUUUUGCAUCAGUUUUGAGCAUCGUUUCUUGAAAAAACUCAAAGGGUUGAGAAUUUGUAUUUCCUUUCUUCGCAAGCAAAGAGGAGACGCAGCAAGGGCCUCACCAGAAUACUCAGCCUUGUUCAGUGGCUGUUGGGAUGACGAGUUCUUCGAAUGGGAACAAUAACGGUUUAAUUGUUUUUACUUUUCUGGUCUUUCUGUGACUUUCAUUCUAAGAACCCCUUUUUAUAGUCUUUGGUGUAAGGGAUUUUUCGGAGGAAACAUUGGUCUGUGGCUGUUGUAGAGUUAAGAUGUCUAUGCAUGGUACGUCAUCACCCAAUCGAAACACAGUAAGGGCAGCGCUACUAAAUAGAAGCAUCAAUACAUGUUCAGAUUCGUCAUUAACAUUUCCCAUGAUUUUCCGCAGUUAUCUGUGCAGGGAUAGUCAUAGCCAACCAGGUGUUGCUUUGGCUGCAACUCCCAAUACUGAAGGUAGAGUUCUAUAUCCUAUCACUGGAUUCAGAUUCAUUGAUUUAAGGCAAAAGUUAGCGGUUAGUGCACAAGCUUCUUUCCCUUGGCUAUAAUCAGUGCUCCCCAAGUUUUCCCUAUAAACUGCAAAUAGUCAAUCACUUAUUGCUUCCAUGUUUUUUUGAUUCCUUAAAUAUAAGUUGCUUAGCUAUAUUUUCCAAUGGUCCUCUAUGAAACGUAGCGCCCGUUGCAUUUGCACAGAUGGCCGUAUGCGAUGGUGGAACUUGACUUGAGCCCAUUUGCCCUUGGGAGCUUUAUAAGAAGUCAUUUUCUGUUAAUGCUGUAGUUAAUUUUAUCUGAUACAAAUGAAAUUCCCAUGUAAAUGGGCAGGCACAUGAAUAUUUAAGAAGAGAUGUCUAUUGCGUUUGAAAAAUAUGAAACAUGCAGGUCCCAUGUGUGUAAAGUUCAUAAUAAAAUGGUUUCUUAUUUUUAUUUAUAGGUUGGCAGAAUCCAAAAAUAAAAAAUUAAAAAUAAAAUUCAGCCACUUAGCAGAAAAAUAUUGGUCUAGAAUAGUGAAUCAAAUGCUUCUCCCGAUCAGAGGAAGCCAAUCAAAACAGCUUUGAAGUCUGCAGGUAAUCGUAGGCUUGUCCAUGAAGGAAGGAUGGGGACUGAUGAAUGUGAUUAAUGUGAGUUUUCUUGGCUCUGCUUUAACAAACAGGUUUGGUUCAUUUUCAAGUGAAAUCAAUAAUGUUUUGUGUCCAGGUUUAGAUACAAAUCUGUUCUAAAUCUAAUUUUAAUUUUUUUUUUUUUUCCCUUUUGUAUUGUGAAACUGGAACGCUUUUAAACUGUAAAUGAUCUGCUGUUUUCUGACCAGGGUGAAAACAGGACAGUAUUUUGAUCUAUUUGAUAAUUUUGUGAGUUUUUCAUUUUAAAGACAAUAUGGGCAUGUACAUAGAAAUAGUGACUGCUUGGAUACUGUAUUUACCUGCACUCUUUCAGUACUGAAAUUCCUGUAUAUUUUAUGGAGUAUAAUAAACAAAAAUGUGAGUUA